CGUUUGUCUGGUAAAAUGGAGUGUAGUGAGGACCACAUGUUAGAACACCCAGCUGUGAAAAAAAUGGAUUCGACUGUGUUAGACUGUUUUACAGCAUUAGCAGAUAACAAUGAAGAAUUGAGGAUAGAAGCUGGAGUUAAGCUUUUGGAGCACGUUUAUAGCAAGCAGGUACAAUUUCAGGAUGAAGGCAUAUGCCCUGAAUUGCAAUAUGCGUUGAAUCGUUUGGUGCGUGGCGUUGCAUCUUCCCGAAUUUCUGCAAGGAAGGGAUUCUACACUGCUCUUGUUGGCUUAUUGUCAACAUUUUCAUUUUUGACUGUGAAAAUGGUUUUAACGGCAGUAAAGAAGGAACUUCAUUCUGCUAACAGUUCCAAAAGUGAAGAAGCUGACAUUUACACAGGACAUAUCUUGAUAUAUGGAGCCUUGAUCAGAUCAGGAUUAUUGUUCAAAGGUACUGCUGAAGAACAAACUGAAAUUUUCAACAGCACUAUUGAAUCUGGGUCUAAGAGAAGUUAUCUUGUGCUACCAUCACAUACUUUUCUGAUAACGCUAUUUAAUAAGAUUGAAGAACAGUCAUUUCAAGACUACAUUUGGCCUGUUCUGAAAGACAGAAUUAAACCUUUGCCUGAACUUUCUCUGGAAAUGUUUCACUUUGUGCUCUUGGCUCGCAGUCUGUAUCCACAUGUCGUGAAGAAGAAAUUUUUACUAAGCCAUAUAGGUACCACUGAAGUAAUUCAUGAAGAUUCUAUACAAAGUUGUGCAAAACUUUUAAUGACUGUUAGGAACUUUUCUGAUUUAUAUCAUCCAGUCCAUGAAGAAUUUUGUAAGCAACUGUCACAGUCAGCAUUGGUGUCAUUAUUUUGGGAACUGGGCAUUGAAGAGCAUCUUGAGAAGCCAAGUGAAAGCAAGAAGUAUAUAGCAGUGGAAAUGUUCUACUAUGUCUUGAAGCACAUUGAAGAUAAAUUACAGGUGCCAAGUAUGUUAACACCAAGGUUCCUGGAUGUAAUAGUGAGAAGUCUGGAAAAAUUAGCAAAGAAACUAGUGGCCAAAACAGACCGUGUUUGUGCGAGGACUUAUGAGGUAUUUGUAUCAUACAUGCCAACAGUUCUAAAGGACAAGGAAGUUAGAAACAAGACCAUUGUAACAAUAAUAAAAAGACUAACCUUUGGCACUGGGGGUGAAUUCAUGUUUGACAGAGUAACAGGGACGAGAGUUGUACAGAAUCUGUUGGGUAUGUUGAAGGCACGUGGUGUAAAGAAAGUUGCAGUCCUGUUCAGAGAUGUGAUAUCAGGAACCAGUGGUAGAAAUGGUGGUUUAGGUGGGGAGCCCCCAAGACCAUGGAAUAACAAGGAACGAAUGUAUGCUACAGACCUGUUUGCAAGGAUUUUGGGUCUGCCAGCUGUGAUAGGAGAUGUUGAAUGGAAGACAGAACAAGUACAAUUCUUGCUUCAUAAGGGUUUCUUCUACCUGCAGUCCAAGGAGCAGGACCCACCUGUUGGUGGCUUAUUGGCAGAUUCAUUGCAGCAAAGUUUCUUCCGAGUCCUUAAUCAACGUCUACCCAAGAUGGAAGAUGUCCGAAGACUACUCAGCACAUUGGUGCAUAAUGUAGACAAAAUGAUAUCAGGAGGAGAAUUCUUACUGAGGCAACCAUUAACACGGGAGGUUCUUGAUACCUGGCAGAAGUUAAUUGCAACUUCCAAUCGACUGGAGCGAGAGAUUGAGGCUGGCAGAAGAGUGAUGUUGGCCCGUGUAUUUCACACCAUGUUCUUGUAUAUGGGCCUCCAGUUACUGACGGACCCCAAAAUGGCACAGGAUGCCCUAGAGGAGUUACAUGGUUGUUACAAAAGAGUGGAAUCAGAACAGGAGGAAAAUAAGAAAAAUAAAACAAAGGCCCAAUCAGAUGGGAAAGAGGAAGUGGAACCUGUGUGGAUUGAAGUGGCAGUGGAUUUGAUCUUGUCACUGUUAUCACAAAACUCCAGUAUACCAAAGAACAUGCUGGACAUGUUCUUCUUUCAUCUCUGCCCGCACCUCACAGGACCUGCAUUAGGCCAGAUUACAAAGGUAUUGGAUCCCACUGUGGAAGAUAACCCACUUACAUGCACAAGCAGUAAAGAGGAAGAAGGUAUUGAUGAUGAUGAAGAUAAUGAUUCUGAAGAUGAUUCAGACAGCAAAGAAUCAUGCAGUGAUGAAUCAGAGUCUGAUUUAGAGGAUGGAGAGAAUGAGACAGUGAAUGACAAAUUACGGAUAGCUGUUCGUGAAGCCUUGGGUUCUGCAGCACCCCUCACAGACACAGAAUCUGUUGAUAUUGAUGACAUGGAUGAAGAAGAAGGCAAACGUCUGAAUAAAGCUCUGUCUGAAGCAUUCAGCAUGCUCAAAGGUUCAAAGACAAACAAAAGAUCCAAGAAACAGUUGAAUGAUGAUCGGAUCCUUAUGCACUUUCGGAUCAGAGCAAUAGAUCUGCUAGAGAUAUUCUUGAAAUCUGAACAUGUAGGAACAGAAGCUUCUCUGUCAACAUAUAUUGACAUAAUGUUAGUUCUCUUCAGUUUGCUGGAGUUUUGUAUCAGAGAUUUGCACCAGAAACCACUGGAAAAUAGAGUAAGGUCGUGUUUAAAGAAAUUGUCAUCUGCAAAAAAAAAUGUGUCCGUGAAGGGAGUACCAGAAGAAACAAUUGUGGAUGCUUUGAAACGACUAAUGGAGAAGGGAGAGAACACAUCAGGUCCCAUCUAUCUGGACAUGGGUCCUAAAAUAAUUGAGUGCUGCACUUUUCUUGUAUGGUGCUCUCAGCGCCUCAGACAACAAUCAUCAACAGCAUACAAUGGAACAUCACCUGUAAUAGAAAUCUACAAGAAUGCUUUAAUAACGUUCUUCACUAAAAGAGAUUGUCUUCAUCAGCCUGGUCUCUUCAGAUCAGUCCUGGAAAAUGUGUGGGAUGGCAACUGGACACUUGUUCCACUUCUCAUUAAUUUUGCAUUUGACCCUGCAAUCAGACCAUUCAGAAGGAACCAAGCACUUGAUCUCUUGGUUGCUUUCUUUCAUAAUCGAAGGCUAAGGAUUGUCCAAGAGUUUGCUCAAAAUGUAGAGCCUAAGCUAGCAGAAAUAGAAAGAUUGCUCUCAGAGAGUAGUAUUGAGUGGUUGCACACUCAUGUGGCAGACAACUCUCAGAGCCAGAAUACCAUGGGACGUGGAGUACAACAGAAGUUUGUCCGUCAGUUGCUGACAUUGCUGUUUACUGUCUGGCAGUCUUACAGCCCUGACAAGAAAGGAGGACCCAAUGUAGACUGGUCAUCUCUUGGAUCAGCAUUGAUGAAUUACAGAGAUAGAGUUGAUUUGUCAGCAGAUGCCAAGACAAAUUUCAAUAAACUGGCAAGAGUUUUGGGUAUUAAAUGGGUUCCAGUUCAAAAAGAGAAGAAGAAAGCAAAUGAAGGAAACUCAUCUGGCAUAGAAGAUCUGUUGCAUUUUAAUGAGGAAGGUGAAAAUGGUAUGGCUAUGGGCAGUGACAGUGAUACAGAUUCACAAAAAACUGUUAAAGAUGCUAAAGAGGCUCAGGCCAGCAAGAAACAGAAUAAGAAAGGAAAAGAAAAGCAUAAAAAUAAAUCUCAGAAUAAGGCCAAGUUAAAAAAAGAAGCCCGGGAACUGCGAUUAGCUUCCUUGUCUGAAGGACUGAAAGGUGUUACAUUCUCUGGUUUGAGAAGGAAUGUUGAAGGUGAUAUAGAAACUGGAGGUAUUGAAGUGGAGAAAUCAGUGAACAUACCUCAUAAUGGAUUUGUAAAUGGUGAAAGCGUAAAGAAAAGCAGAGUGUGUAAGAGGAAGGCAGAUGAAAUUGAACAUAACACUGUAACAAACAAAAAGAUAAGAUGAACUGAAACAGAUGACCGGAUUUCUUUUGGUGGUAACUGAAUGAAUUUGUGAUCAUGUAGAAUUUCAGAUUGAGAGAGCGAGCAUGAUACUCAUAUUUUCAUGGUAGCCAAUUGAAUAUUUUUAUUUAUAUUCAGCCACUACAGUGUUAGCUUGUAACUUCUUAAGAAUGCAUAGGAUUAAUGUGAGGAGUUACCAGAACAAGGGGUAAAAGAAACCCUGCCUUAGGGUUUGUCUACUGUCAACUUUCCCAGUCAGGACGUACACAUUGAGAAUUUUCAGAUUAAAUAAAUUAUAUGGUUUAUGUUUUGGCAUUCCCUGUUUGGGCCCUUGUUCUGGUAAGUAUUCUGUUUAUGUACAUAUUUUUUACUUCAUGUACUUUUAUUCACUGAUGCCAUUAAACUGACCCGAGAAAGUUAAGAGUGUAAAUAUCAGCUGGCCUAGUUCUCAACGUUUUUUCUGCUGGGUUUUGUUUGACAUUUGAUCUUCACUUCUCAUAUGCAGUGUAAAUACAAAAUAGCCAACAAUAAAAAGGACCCAUCUUUCCAUCCAUGCAAUAGCAGAUGAGAAAUUACUUCAUAGAAAUUGUAGCAUUG